AUACACUUCGCCUAAGGGCAGGAAUGUUUUCACAGGCAAAUGUGUUUUACGUUAUUUUUUUACGUGAACAUAACAGACGAUGUGAUGAAUUGUAUGCGAUUCAUGGUGACUCUUGGAAUGAUGAAACUUACUUUCAAGAAGCGAGAAGAUGGGUUAUUGCACUCCUACAAAAGAUAACUUAUUACGAAUAUGGAACUCCUUUACCAGUUUACAAAGGUUAUAAUCCAAGUCUUAAACCGGUUAUUGAUACUUUCUUUGCAACA